AUACUCGUGUCUCCUCCUCCCGCCCACCGGUGCCCAACCUGCUAACACGCCUGCGCGAGCGGGCGUGCCCCGGAAGCAGUUCUUUGGCCCUGUGACACGUAGCAACGGGGCUGGUUCAGGGUCUGAAACAGAGUUUCGGGGGUUGUUUGGGACUAGUGAAGCUACUGCCUUUGCCGCCAGCGCAGACUCAGAGUUUGAUUAUUUGCAAUGUCAGGCUUUGAAAACUUAAACACGGAUUUCUACCAGACAAGUUACAGCAUCGAUGAUCAGUCACAGCAGUCCUAUGAUUAUGGAGGAAGUGGAGGACCCUAUAGCAAACAGUAUGCUGGCUAUGACUAUUCGCAGCAAGGCCGAUUUGUCCCUCCAGACAUGAUGCAGCCACAACAGCCAUACACCGGGCAGAUUUACCAGCCAACUCAGGCAUAUACUCCAGCUUCACCUCAGCCUUUCUAUGGAAACAACUUUGAGGAUGAGCCACCUUUAUUAGAAGAGUUAGGUAUCAAUUUUGACCACAUCUGGCAAAAAACACUAACAGUAUUACAUCCGUUAAAAGUAGCAGAUGGCAGCAUCAUGAAUGAAACUGAUUUGGCAGGUCCAAUGGUUUUUUGCCUUGCUUUUGGAGCCACAUUGCUACUGGCUGGCAAAAUCCAGUUUGGCUAUGUAUACGGGAUCAGUGCAAUUGGAUGUCUAGGAAUGUUUUGUUUAUUAAACUUAAUGAGUAUGACAGGUGUUUCAUUUGGUUGUGUGGCAAGUGUCCUUGGAUAUUGUCUUCUGCCCAUGAUCCUACUUUCCAGCUUUGCAGUGAUAUUUUCUUUGCAAGGAAUGGUAGGAAUCAUUCUCACUGCUGGGAUUAUUGGAUGGUGUAGUUUUUCUGCUUCCAAAAUAUUUAUUUCUGCAUUAGCCAUGGAAGGACAGCAACUUUUAGUAGCAUAUCCUUGCGCUUUGUUAUAUGGAGUCUUUGCCCUGAUUUCCGUCUUUUGAAAAUUUAUCUGGGAUGUGGACAUCAGUGGGCCAGAUGUACAAAAAGGACCUUGAACUCUUAAAUUGGACCAGCAAACUGCUGCAGCGCAACUCUCAUGCAGAUUUACAUUUGACUAUUGGAGCAAUGAAAGUAAACGUGUAUCUCUUGUUCAUUUUUAUAGAACUUUUGAAUACUAUAUUGGAUUUACCUGCAGUGUGACUAGCUUUAAAUGUUUGUGUUUAUACAGAUAAGAAAUGCUAUUUCUUUCUGGUUCCUGCAGCCAUUGAAAAACCUUUUUCCUUGCAAAUUAUAAUGUUUUUGAUAGAUUUUUAUCAACUGUGGGAAACCAAACACAAAGCUGAUAACCUUUCUUAAAAACCCAGUCACAGUAAAGAAGACAAAAGACGGCCGGGCGUGGUAGCUCCCGCCUGUAAUCCCAGCACUUUGGGAGGCCGAGCCGGGCGGAUCACAAGGGCAGGAGAUCGAGACCAUCCUGGUUAACACUGUGAAACCCCGACUCUACUAAAACUACAAAAAAAUUAGCUGGGCGUGGUGGUGGGCGCCUGUAGUCCCAGCUACUCAGGAGGCUGAGGCAGGAGAAAAGUGUGAACCCGGGAGGCGGAGCUUGCAGUGAGCGGAGAUCACACCACUGCACUCCAUCCAGCCUGGGUGACAGGGCGAGACUCUGUCUCAAAAAAAAAAAAAAAGGAGACACAAGACUUACUGCAAAAAUAUUUUUCCAAGGAUUUAGGAAAGAAAAAUUGCCUUGUAUUCUCACGUCAGGUAACUCAAAGCAAAAAAGUGAUCCAAAUGUAGAGUAUGAGUUUGCACUCCAAAAAUUUGACAUUACUGUAAAUUAUCUCAUGGAAUUUUUGCUAAAAUUCAGAGAUACGGGAAGUUCACAAUCUACCUUAUUGUAGACAUGAAAUGCGAACACUUACUUAGAUAUUAAUGUUAACUCAACCUUAGGGACCUGGAAUGGUUGCAUUAAUGCUAUAAUCGUUGGAUCGCCACAUUUCCCAAAAAUAAAAAAAAAAUCACUAACCUUUUUUAAGGAAAAUAUUUAAAGUUUUACAAAAUUCAAUAUUGCAAUUAUCAAUGUAAAGUACAUUUGAAUGCUUAUUAAAACUUUCCCAAUUAA